UUUCUCAGUAAUGCUCCCCUUCCCCUCUGCACUUUAUAACAGCAAAAGAUAAACAAGUAUCAGCAGUCAAGAAGAAGACGAGCUGAGCUGCACACUUAGAACAGCAGACAGAGAAACACACAGACCUUAAAUCUCACUCGGAGCUUCACACAAGGGUUACAGUAUCGAAUAUCAAGAAUGGAAAAGAUUGUAGAAGCAGUCAUAGGAUUAUUUAUAACCAAACCUGAUUUUGUCACAGUUCUGGCUGAUAAACAAGUUGAAUGUGGACAGGAUGUUAUUCUUACCUGUCAGGCAAACACAGAAGAUGUAACAGUCUCAUGGGAAAAGAAUGGCCAAAAAUUGUAUUGUGUUGAGGGCAAGCAUGAUGUGAGCAAAGAUGAUACAAAUUGUGUCUUGGAAAUUUCAAAUGCUGUGGACGGUGAUGAAGGAAACUACACCGUAACCCUGAGCAACAGUUUAGGUUCCACCUCAUGCUCUGCACUUGUGAGAAUCAUUACAAAAGAAUGGAGGAAAGUGGAAUGGAAACAAGAGAGAAUGUUAAACUCUCUCAAGACAUUUCAAAUUUGUAAUGAAGUUCAAGAGCUCAGAUUCCUCGUCUGUGGACCAGUUGGAACAGGAAAGUCCAGCACCAUAAACACCAUCAGAUCCAUUUUUGAAGGCCGUCAGUUUAUCGACUGUCUGGCUGCUGCAGGAUCAACAACGAGUCAUACUCUAUGCUAUGAACGAUUUAAAAUCGCAAAUGCAGGAGGAUCAUUUCCUUUUGCCUUCAAUGAUAUAAUGGGUGCGGAAAAAGACUCUGGAGUCCUCAGUGAAGAUAUCAUCAGUGCUUUAAGAGGUCACAUGAAAGAGGGUUACACGUUCAACGCUCAAACUCCACUGUCUGAAAGCAGCCAUUACUACAAUAAAAACCCCACCCUGAGUGAUCAGAUGCACUGCCUGGUGUUCGUCAUGCCAGCUGACACAAUUUCAACCCAAGACAAAAAGUUUCUCCAAAAAAUGAAGAGUGUCAUAAAAGCAGCAAGCAGCAUGGGAAUGCCUCAAGUGGUUUUCAUGACAAGAGUAGACCUCGCAUGUCCAUUAACCAAGGAGAAACUGCAAAACGUCUACAAAAGCAAGAAGAUCAAAGACAAUAUGCAGAAAUGCAGUUAUGAACUGGGUGUGCCUCUGAACCGUAUCUUUCCUGUCAUGAACUAUCAUGAGCAGAUCCACAUGAAUGAAGAUAUAAACUGCCUGAUGCUCGAUGCCUUAACAAAGAUUAUCUACUGGGCUAAUGACUAUGUGCUCAAAAAGAGUUCACAACAAUAAUCAACCUCUAAAUAAAGAAAGUUCACAUGAUAAGUGACAAACAAUUUUAAAGCAUGUCUAAUGAGUUACUCAGAUAUUCAUAUUAAUCGAAUACUUAAUGCAAAUAUAUUAAUGCUGUACCACAUUCUUAAACAUCAAACUUAAAGUAUAUUUAUGUUAUGAUCUGGAUUUUUAAAAUCAGUUUAAUGAUACAGAUAUUCAGACAACAUGCAGGAUUUUUAUAUAGUUUUCAAAUCUUAGACUGAACUUUGGAAUUUAUAUUACAUUUCAUCUUGUUUUUUAGUAUACAGUAUAAAAUAUUUUGGUAAAGGAUUUUUACUUGAUUAUAGAUUUGAUUUGGAAUUGUGCAUCAGUAUCACAGCCUGAAUAAAGAGUGUAAUGCUAACAUGGAGCUUUUCAGACAUUUUAGAUCUUUUAUAUUUAGCUCAGUUUCUGUAAUGUAAUAGGAUUUAUGUGGACAUAUUUUCAUAUAUUGUAGGUUACAUUUAUCUGCUUUUUUUCUGAUGUAUUAUUAUAAAUGUGUGAAUAAAACUAUACAAUGCAUA